AUGGGGUUGAAGCACAGCGACUCACCACCUUCCGCUUCCGCUGCGCCGGAGGAUGUUGCGAAAGAACUACGACAAAAGCUUCUUGUGGAAUUCGGCAUAGUCUUGGACGAACCACUCAUCCUACUGAUAGCAAAUGAGCGUGACAUUGUGCACGAGUAUGAGGAAAUCCGAGAGAUCCUCAGCCAGCUAGCCGAGCCAGCCAAGGCAGAAGCGCUCACGGGGUUUGACCCCUCAGGGCUAAGCAGCGCAACAGACAGCGAUGGCGCAUUCCUCGAAAGCCGUAACGCUAGUCGGCACGAUGGUGACGGGUCGGCGGAGUACGCGACCACCAUCUCGGAGUUCUCUGACCUCUCCGAGCCCCAGAAGCUCACAGAUCGCACGAACCUGAGCGACGAGGAGAAAAUCCAGGAACUCAAGCUCGUAUUCCAGGAUCGCUGGGGUGACCACACGCUCAAGUUCGUGAUUAAGGAGAACGAUGGGGACUUGGAUCGCGCGUUGGAAGGGCUGCUCACGCGCCAGAUGCUGGAGGAGGAGGGUUCUCUGCCUAAGGGUGUGGAUGGAUUCUUCAACCCGGAUCAGGACGGCACGGCACCCCGAGGCAAGGCCGGGAGGGGGAAGAAGAAGAAGGGUGCCAAGGCAGCGAAGAAGGAGGUGGUCGCGGUCCACUACAAGACCGUCUCAUCUACCACUGACGACGGCGAACUGGAGAGCGCAAAAGAUUUCGCCCGCCCUAAUAACAACGCAGGACGCGGUCUCCUACUACAAACAUCCACCCCGACGUUCCGAUCCUCCCCCGCAGCGGCCGCCUUCACCUCCCCCAUACCCACCGACUUCGGCGCCUCCCACCUCCGCUCAGCAGCCACCCUCCGCCGUCUCGGGCCCCUCGGCCGCCAAGGUGCCGUAGUCUACACCGACCGGGCGCGGGACGAGCGAGCAGCCUUCACGGCACACGUCUCGCAAGCCGCGGAGCAGCACGUCGCGCAGCAGAGCACGUCUACCAGUGUGGACCUGCACGGGGUGUUUGUCAUGGAUGGGGUGCGGAUUGCGAAGAAGAGGGUGUGGUCGUGGUGGGAAGGGCUCGGGGAGGAACGGAAGACGAUCGCAAGGCGCCAGGGGUUUACUGUCGUUACGGGCGUGGGGAAGCACAGCGCUGGCGGGGUGUCGAGGAUGAGGCAGGUGGUGGGGGCGUUUUUGAAGAAUGAUGGGUGGAGGGUGGAGGUGUUGACGGGGAGUUUUCUUGUGACGGGGAGGGUUUGA